AACAAAGUCGUUGACGAAGGCGGGGCUUAGUUGAUUAAGCCCGGUUAGAACUAACGCCAACUUCCUCCACUUGAGGCUUAGGCCAUUCCAUCAACACAAUUCAGCCGCGCUUUGUUAAGGUUAAUUCAAACCAGGCUAACGUUAUCGUGUAUUACGUGCGCUAACGAGAUAAAUAACCAUUCCAGGACCUUGAGUGUCGAUCCAUGGAUAAAAGGUCCGAAAAGGCACGAGCGGGAUUCUUUUCCAGCGGCGAACAGAAGCUGCUUAUCGAGGUCUACGAGGACUACAAGCACAUAAUAACACAAAAAGGGAACACGAUCAUCAUUAAUAAAAACAGGGAUGCCGCCUGGCAAGUAAUCGCCGAUAGGUUGAAUGCAAGUGGUCUCGGCAACGACAAAAGAACAUGGAUACAGGUUAAAACCAAACAUAAAAACAUAUUGCAGAGUGCAACAAAGAAGAAAAGUGACAGCCUUAAGACAGGUGGGGGGAAUCCACCAAAGGGCCUCACUCCAGCCGAGGACCUGGCUUUGGCCCUCAACCGGGGAAGACCAUUAAAACAAGAAUUGGUGGAUCCUCCACAGGAGGAUGUAUUUGGCCAACAAGAAGUUGAACAAAUGUUCACAUUGGAUGAACCAGAUGAGGAGGCCUCGUCUGCUGUCACCGACGUAUCAGAUAGCAUCCCUGAGACGAGACGAGCAGCAGGACAAAAUGAAGAUGUCAAGGCCAUUUACAAAAGGCACCUCCUGCUUGAUAACGAGUAUAAGCGACUGAAAAUGCGCAAAGUUCAACUUGAAAUCAAGAAGCUGGAAAAGGAACUCCGGGAGGAUUACUAAAUAAAAAAUGCAUUUAAUGAAAACAAAUGUGGUCCUUUUUUUGUGCUCCUGGGGAAAUCGUAAGACAUAUUUAUUAUAUAAAAAGUCAAUUAUGACAUUCUCAGGACGCGAACUCGGGCCGGCCGCACCACAACACCGCAGCGCUUGGUCACUCACGCAACUGAUGGUUCCCGACGGCGGUAGAAUAUAUGUAAUGGCAAGUAAGUGAGUCACUCACCUAUUUAAGUGAUGAAUGAUGAACACUAUUAUGGAAACACGCCAUCAGCGGCACAUGUUGUUAACAAAAUCGUAUUACACAGAUUGUAAUGGAUAGUGAAACAA